AUAAGAGCGCGUGGUUCAAUUCUUGCAGUCAUUUACCCUCAUCUACUAAGAUAACAUGCCGUCCACUACUUUUCACGUCGACGUGGUGCUGUUCGACAUGGACGGAACACUUGUAGAUUCCACUGCUGGGGUCGAGGGAGCUUGGGGGGUAUUCCGACAGACAUACCCAUCCAUCGACAUCCACGAAGUCUUGAGCUCUGCCCAUGGUGUUCGUACUGUUGAGAAUCUUCGGGUCCACUGUGGGAUCACAGAUCCUGACGAGCUUGAGAGAGAAGCCGAACGCUUUGAAACCGCGAUCGUCACCUCUGCUGCUGCUGAUGGACUCCAAGGAAUUGUUCUCCUUCCCGGGGUAGCCAGAAAUUUCGCAGAGAUCACACCCUGUCACAAACUUCCUAAUCCCAGUUGGGCCAUCUGUACCUCUGCCACAAGGAAGUAUGCCACCGCAGCCCUUGGCAUCGCAGGUGUCACCAUCCCUGACGUCCUCGUGGUAUCUGAGGAUGUAGAGAAAGGGAAACCUGCCCCCGAUCCAUACCUUCUUGGUGCGAAAAAAUGCGGCGUGAAGCCAGAGAAUUGUGUCGUUUUCGAGGAUGCACCUGCUGGCAUCCGCAGUGGCAAGGCCGCAGGUUGCAAGACUAUUGGGUUCCUCACGACCCACAGCAAGGAACAGAUGGAGGCAGUCCAGCCUGAUUUUCUUGUCCCCAACAUGGAUAGCGUCACCAUCCGUCGCGUAGACACAGGUUUAGAAAUUACAGUCUCCACUGAAUAGAUUACAUAUAGAUGAAAAGUGGCACUUAGAUGUUCGGACUUGUAUAGAUGCUCAUUUUAGAGACCCCAUUUAACGCACAGCUAAUUACAUUGUCUCGUUGGAUUGAGUAUCCACAUACCACUUCCAGAAAAGAGUUUGAUUCAAAC